CUUUGGCUGCUAUCCGGAAAGGAUGUACUCUGGCGGCGAUCUCAAUCAUCGCCAUACGUUCAAUGCCCCACGCCAUGGGCUCGGGUUGUGUGGAAGAAACGCGCGAGGCGGACGGGACGGAGGCUUCGGUGAUGGUGCUUGUGGACAUAUGAAUCGAAGAAUGCCGUUCAGUAACCAACAUAACCACUCCGGUGGCAGGAAUGGGGAGCAGUUUGGCUGGGGAAGAGAGGGACGCGUUCGACUUGAUCAUCCGACUCUGCUUCGUGAUCGGCCUAGCUCGACGGGUGGUCUCUUUGGAGGGCUAGGUGGCCUCCAUCUCGGUGGCGGCGGCGGCGGAGGGGGUGGAGGGGGUGGAGGAGGUAUCCCCAGGGGCGCCUACUAUGAAAAUCCCAUUGAGCGAAGACCGUCUUCCCUUGGUCGCAGAUCAGGCUUGAUGGACGAUCCAGCAUUAGAUCACCACCAUAGCCCCUCUUUACGAUAUGGACCGGAAGUGCAUCGCGGGGUUAGUAGUCUUGGGGAUAGAGGAACGCAGCUCCUACCAGGCGCCCUUGGCAUUCCAGAUUACGAACCAGGAGCCUCAGGUUCCCUCAGCUCUGGUAGCGAAUACAGUCUCCGUCGCUUGGAUCGUCUCUCAAGGCCUUACCACUAUCAGCCACCGUAUGUUGAGGAUUACGAGAGCGAGCUUGAUGAGGAAUUAUGGAGGCAACAAGAGGAGCUGGAGGGACGGAACGGCAUACUUCCAAGGGAUUUAUACGAGGCGUACGGUUUGGGAGAGGGCCUCAUUGAUCAGAGACGAAGGAGGGGCUUACUUUAGGGUCCCGGACCUUGGCAUGUAGUGGUUUUUGAACGUUUGCUGCACUAUGAGGCAUGGCUUCUGCAUAAUGGGGAUUGUCCGGCACGCAUAGAUCGUCUAGAGACUUUCUGUCUACCCUUCGUUUCGUACAUCAAAGGUUAAUACACUGGCGCCGUU